AGAAGGCAAUUUUAAACAGAUACAUUUUAAGUGCAGACUUGAAUUGUGGGAGUGAAUUGAUGUUCCUCAAGACGGGGGGUAGAGAGUUGCAAAGCUGGGGAGCUGAGCGACUGAAAGCUCUGUACCCCACGGUGGUGAGAAGGGCGGAGAGGACAGUCAGAUGAAUGGAGGAGGAUGAUCUGAGGAAGCGGGUAGGAGCAGCGACAUGAAGAAGAUCUGAGACUUGUGGAUGGCUUUGAAUUCGUGGACGACUUACGUUCGACGGGUAUUUGAAAUAGUCGAAAACUACACUCAUUUCAGCAGCAAUGGCAUCUGAGGACGCAUGUAAAGUUUCUUCUCUGAAGGGAAAAGUCACCCUGAUCACCGGGGCCAGUUCGGGCAUCGGUGCAGGAACCAGCCUCCUGUUCGCCAAGCUCGGAGCUCUGUUGGCUCUGAACGGCCGCGACGUGGACAAUCUUCAAAAAAUUGCCAAACAGUGCACGCAGUGUGGAGCUGCGGAGCCCUUGCUUGUGCCUGGAGACCUGACAGAUGAGGAGACGGUGAAGAAGACCGUGGAGCAGACCAUCGCUCACUUUGGUCGACUCGAUGUUCUGGUCAACAGCGCUGGGAUCUUGGCUAUGGGCAGCAUCGAGACGACAGACCUGGCCCAGUAUGACAAGGUCAUGAACGUUAAUGUCAGGUCUAUUUUCCACCUGACCCACCUUUGUGUGCCACACCUGAUCGAGACCAAAGGCUGCGUGGUCAACGUGUCUAGUGUCAACGGACAGAGAUCGUUCCCUGGUGUUCUCGCCUACUGUAUGUCCAAGUCUGCCAUCGACCAGUUCACACGCUGCACUGCACUAGAGCUGGCAUCAAAACAAGUCCGAGUCAACUCAGUGUGUCCAGGUGUGAUUGUUACUGAAGUCCACAAGAGAGCAGGACUCGAUGAGGAGCAGUAUGCUAAGUUUCUUGAGAAAUGCAAGCAGACCCAUGCUCUAGGGCGACCAGGUGAGGUGGACGAAGUGGCCCAGAGCAUUGCCUUUCUGGCAUCUGACGCGGCCAGCUUCAUUACUGGAGUCAACCUUCCCAUAGAUGGAGGUCGUCACGCCAUGUGCCCAAGAUAAAAGGAGGAAAAAAAGGAGAUAUUGUUGACAUGCUUUUGGCUGUGAAUACAGAGCUUUCAAACCAUGUCUCUAUCCUAAAUUUAAUUAUUUACUUUUGGAAAUCAGAGUUAGGAGAAAUGUUACUGUGAGAGAAGACAAAAAAAAAACCUUUAACUUACCUCAAGAAUACAAGAUUUUUUUUCACCCUUGUUUGUGUUACUGUCAGGAUUUGACAACUUCGGGUGAGAACUAAACAGAAAGGAAGCUUAGCUGCACUCUUCUAAGUAGGCAGUUUACCUGCAUUUUAUCAUCACACCUGCCACAGAGUUCCGUCUGACGUUGGGGGUCGGGGGAGGAGACAAAAUACAAAGCUGCUUAUGAACAAAGGCUUCAGGCAUUUAUUAAAUAAUCCUUUUCAUUAGUCUUCAUUCACAGCAGAGAUGCCUGAACAGACCUGGAUAUUCAUGUACUGUGGGUAUUAAGGUUGGUGGGAUUAGACAGAACUGAGGCAGAGUUCAACUGCAAAUGCAUCAAUAGUGAAUAACUGACUGGGAAUGAGGUGGGAAUGUCUGGAGAUACAGGAGA